AUGGUUAAGACCGUCUUCUUCCUCGGCGCUACGGGCUACAUCGGCGGCUCUGUGCUUCAGCAUCUGCUUGGUACGCCUGGAGAAUACUCCAUCACCGCGCUCGUCCGCAACGCCGAUAAGGCGAAGAAGUUAGAGACGUUCGGUGUCAAGACGAUUCUCGGCAACCUUGACGACUCCGACAAGAUUCAGCAGGCUGCCGCGGACGCCGACAUCACCAUCCACACCGCACAUGCUGAUCACGUCGGCGCUGCGAAAGCGAUCCUCGCCGGGGCUAAGGUGCGCUUCGAGAAGACCGGCGUUGCACCCAUCUACAUUCACACGUCCGGCACCGGCGUCUUCACCGAUCACGCGCUUGGAACGCACUACGAUCCUGCAAAGCUGCCUCUCUACGACGACAGCAACCGUGCUGUACUAGACUCCAUCCCUGACUCGGCGGUCCACCGCAACGUAGACCUGAUCGUGCUCGGCGGCGACGAAGAGGGCUAUGUGAAGUCGUACAUCGUGCUUCCAUCCACAAUCUACGGUCUUCUCACUGGAAAGCUCGUCGACGCUGGCAUCGCCAACCCUCACAGCAUCCAGAUCCCCAUCGCGAUCAAAGCGAGCAUCUUGAGGGGACAGGGUGCCGUGGUCGGGCCUGGUGAAAACGAGUGGCCGCACGUCGAGAUCCACGAGCUCUCCGACUUGUACAUUCGUCUCCUCAAAGCCGCGAUUGAUGGCACUGCGACGCACGGCCGCGAUGGAUUGUACAUCGGCGAGAAUGGCACAUAUCUCCUUAAGGAUGCCGCUAAGACGUACACACGCGCGCUUCACGCAGCUGGCAAGAGUCGCACACCCGAGCCGGAGAGCUUCACCAAGGAGGAUAUUGACAAGUACUUUGGCGGGCCCUACCUCGGCUCGAACUCGCGUGCAAAGGCCGUACGCGCCAAGCGUGACCUUGGUUGGGCGCCCACUAAAGGCGAUGCGGACUUCUUCAAGAGCAUCGAGGAGGAAGUAGCGUCUAUUCUGGCCGACCCGCACGGCACAGAGCUGCAUGAACUGCGCUAG